AGUAUACAUAUGAAACAGAACAGAGAACGAUGAAAAUCAACAAUAGAAAGUCCUCGUUUCUCGUUUCUCGUUUCUCGUAUUUGUAUUAGACUAAUAUAAUAACAAUAAUAAUCAAGUGCUUCGAAUUAAUGCUUAAAGGUGUGAUUAUUAUCUUCAGUAUUCAGUAUCUCCAAUCCAUUACUGAAUGCACCAGAAAACACUGACACCAAACAAAAUCCAACAACACUCAGAUUCCUUCAUAUGCAUACUUGAUACGACCGGAAAACCUAAAUUCCAAAAUCUCACAAUUCUUUCCUGUAAUUGUCCAUUAAAGCUCAUAUUUUUCAACAGUUUUGAUCAUAACAUUUAGAAUCUACAAUUGUGCUCAUCAAUUUACCAAUUCAAAAACUACCCAUUACCCAUAGAAGAAUCAACAUCAUGGGUAUCAAAAGAUUAAGAAGUGGACGUGAGAAUACGAUUGUGGAUGUUUGGCAAAGAGAAGUUGGCCAACUUUCUUCAAGAAACUUCGCUCAUCGACUGGUUGCUUCUGAGGACCUUGUUCUCAAGCUUGAUAUUGCAAGGAAGCUGGAGAAGCAUAGAGGCUGUGUGAAUACAAUAAGCUUCAAUGCGUCUGGUGAGAUUCUUGUAUCUGGCUCUGAUGACAGGAGAGUUAUACUAUGGGAUUGGGAAGCUGGACGUGCCAAACUCUCAUUUCAUUCUGGUCAUGCUGAUAACAUAUUUCAGGCCAAGUUUAUGCCUUACAAUGAUGACCGUAGUUUAGUAACUUGUGGAGCAGAUGGCGAGGUAAGGCAUGCGCACAUAUCAGAAGGUGGCCGUGUGGAGACUUUUCUGCUUGGUACUCAUGACUGGCGAGCUCAUAAGUUGGCAAUUGAACCAGGAAGUCCUUACAUCUUUUAUAGCUCUGGUGAAGAUGGAUUGGUUCAACAUUUUGAUUUGAGAACUAAAGCUGCCACAGAACUUUUUAAAUGUCGUUCAACUCUUGAUUCGACGAGUGAUAGGUCAAUUGUGCAGUUAAACGCUAUUGUAAUUGAUCCCAGAAGUCCUAAUCUGCUUGCGGUUGGAGGAUCUGAUGAGUAUGCUCGGAUUUAUGAUAUUCGGAGAUAUAAGGGACACGGUUCAACUGAUUUAGAUCAACCUGUUAACUACUACUGCCCGGAACAUUUGGUUAAUGAUGGGAGUGUAGGGAUAACUGGUCUGGCCUUUUCUGACCAAAGUGAGCUUCUUGUAUCCUACAAUGCAGACCAUAUAUACCUUUUCGCAAAAGAUAUGGGAUUGGGACCAAAUCCUGUUCCAUCAUCUUCUUUAUCAACUCACAGUGAUGCCGAUGAACCUGAACGAGAUGUCUCCAUAGGGGCAGCUAGAUCUGUUCCCCAAGUGUACAAGGGUCACUGUAAUUAUGUUACAAUCAAGGGUGUAAGUUUCUUUGGGCCUAAGAGCGAAUAUGUAAUGAGCGGAUCUGAUUGUGGUCGGAUAUUUAUAUGGAGAAAGAAAGGUGGAGAGCUCAUCCGUGUAAUGGAAGCUGAUAGGGACGUGGUCAAUUGCAUCGAGUCACAUCCUCAUGCUGCAGUUCUCGCCAGUAGUGGAAUUGACACUGAUAUCAAGAUAUGGACUCCUAAGGCAGAAGAGAGAGCUACUUUGCCUACCAACAUUACUAAGUCGAGGCCAAGGCACGGGCGAUGGAUGCAUGAUACAGGUUCACCUCGGGAGCUACUUAUGGAGUUAUUUACACGGGAAAGCCAUAUAUCAAGCCGGGAGCACAACAGGGAUGAUACAGGUUCCAGAGAGGACCUAUUACAACUUCUAAUGUCACUGGGUAGAGACACUGAUAAUUCUUCCCAUGACGGAGGAGAUGAUGAUGAGAGUGACCCUGAGGAUUUUCAAAGCUGAUUGUUACUUGAGGAUAUGAAUUGUCCGUUACGUUCUUGGGAGAUAAUUUGUGCUUUAACUUGUACAUAAAUAAUAGUCGAUUAUCUCUGGUGGGUUGUGUCCGUUGUUCGUGAUGGGGUCAAAGAUAUGCUCUAUAGUGUUUAAUUUCAGAUUAAAUUGGGUUAUAUUUUCUUUAAAUUAUACUUUUUUUUUGUUUAAGUAAAGUUAUGCACAAAGUUUUCUAUUUAGGAUCAACAAUUGAAAAUUAGCUCGUUAUUACCAACAAAGAUAAGGUUGUAUGUAUUCGACCUUUCAAACCUGA